UCAACAGUAAAAUUUAGCAGCAAGUUAGCCGUGCAGCCGCGAAAAGUUCAUUCAACUGCAAUGGAGCCCUCGAUGGAGAUCCCUACCGCCGGUCCGGAAACGUACUGUCGCCUUUGCCUUGGCAAAGAUGGCCUCUUGGGGGUGUUUACAUUGGAGCGUGUUUCGACGGAACCGAGUGGCGGAUCAGCCGAACUGGUUGAGAAAAUCUACGAGUGUACCAACAUCAAGCUCUCAGCGCAGACUGACGCGACCUGUGCCAUCUGUGGCCGGUGUUUGCAGGCGGUGCGGGAUUUCUACCAUUUUCGUGUGCGCAGCAACAAGGUGAAUGAUCUCAUCCAAGAAACGACGGUUCUGGCCAGUGGUGAUGGUACCGAGGACGUGAAGCGUGACAGUGACACGGCCACCAACGCUAGCUCGGCGAGCGACGAGGAAAAGCGACCUGCGUCCCGACCGUUGGUUCCGGUUGAUCCUGCGGUCGGUGAACGGAAGCACCACCGUUGCCGAUACUGCCCAAAAUCCUUCCGGACGGAGGCCGCACUCACCGAGCAUCGUAAUCGAGUUCACGUAGCCGGACGUCAGCAUCAUUGCCCCAACUGCCUGGCGCAGUUUCAGCACGCACCGUCGCUGGCUCGACACGUGCGAAGCCGGAGCUGCUUCGCCUUUACCCGGUACCGGUGCCGAGUUUGCAGCGAAAGCUUUACCGAUCGCGAUCAGUGGGCCGUCCAUAUCCGGAUCCACGCCAAGGACUUCCCCUACCAGUGUCCCGAUUGCUGGUCGCAGUUCAAACACAAGGCCACCCUUCGACGUCACGCCAAUACCGUACAUUUGCUGGUCCGUGCUUGAGGGUCUGUCGUGUUGCAAAAUUCUGCUAUACCGAUGUGGAACACGCUCAAUGAGAGCCAUGAAUUGUCCCACAUUGUAAACUGAUAAGCGCUAGAAGGCCGAACGGGAGAUGUAGAUGUAUGUAACACCAUGCAUGCAAUGCAAACGCAUUAGUUCCGAAGUAAACUGUUAACAUCGGGAGGGCAUUAGACACGUCGCCGGAGAAAAGUAUGAUGACGACCGGCUGGAUAAAUAAUUUCGCGUCUGAAUCGAAUCGUCACCAAGAUGACGCGCGUAGAAUCAAGUCGGUAGAACUAGAAGGGAGCUUACAAGGCCACCAGUCAACCCGUCUCGAGUACGGUGUGUUCAACUCGUUUAGUAGUAUGCCUUGUACAACAAUAUACGAUCGAGAGCAGGCUCCGCGUGAUAACCAGUGCCGACAGGCGUUGAAAUAUGACUUUGCUUACUUAUAAGUUAAUUUU